UCCCUCCGUUGGUAACACGAAGAAAAAACUUCAGGAAGUAGCUUAAAGCAGCUAUUACUGUUUAGAUUUUGGCAAAUGUUUCGGGUUUUAGGUGGGGAUAAAAGACAACUCAUACAGUUUUUCCUGUUCAGAAGAAAUAUGUCUACAUUAGUGGAUAAAAGUCGUACGACAGAUGGUGAAAACAAUGCGGACAACCGGUCGGUUCAUUCAGAUACCAUCGAGGAGGUCCAUAACGUUCCUCUUCAGGUCAUCAUCAGACCGUUUCCUCCGGAGCUGGACGAGCAGAAGGUCCAGAGUCUGAUGGAUACCAUUAAGGAGACGGCAGACAUCAGCGUUGUUCCUCCCAUUGAUGUUCUCUGGAUCAAAGGAAGAGAGGGAGGAAAUUACUACUACUCCUUUGGAGGUUGUCACAGGUUUGCUGCCUAUCAGAGGCUCAACAUGCCAACCAUCCCAGCCAAACUUAUUAGAUCAAACAUCUCAGACCUCAGGACUUACUUGGGGGCUUCAACGCCUGAUCUUCGAUAAUACUCUGGACUUUUUUCUCGCUUUUUCUCGCUACACCAGCAAUGUCCAACUCAAGUCCUUUGUUGUCGCUGUCAUACAAGUUUUAACACUGUUGAUUCCUGUUGCAAAAUCCUUUUUUCAGCAUUCCUGCAGAUUCUUAGUAACAAACCUCUUGUUUCUUUUUUUUUUUUUAUUAUGGGAAGACUGAAAAACAAGCUUUUAUUUCAAUCAUCCCCUCUGGGCGCUGACCUUAAAUUAAAACAUCUUAUAAAACAAUCAUGUUCCACAGCAAACAUUUAAAAUAAAACAUAAUAAAAGUUUGUAGCUGGUGGUAUCACACCGAGCUGGUAUAUCAGUUAUGAGGAGAAAUCUAAGAACACAAUGUGAUGAACUGAUGUCACUCUGAGCUAUGGAAGCUCAAGGAGUGGAUUCAUGGAGAACAAAUAAAUAUAAAUUUUCCAAAAAUUACAUUUUCAUAAACAAAAUCUCAAAUUAAUUAAUAAAAUUGAUUUAUUGCGCAGCCUUGGCAGGACACCAGCUGACUUCUGACACUUAAAUCUUAUGAUCAUAUGGACUGAAGGUAGUGAUACAAUGCAAUACACAUGAUUUACCAGCAGGGGGAAAUAAAGAGCUGGAUGUGAACAGAUAUUUAACUUCUAUUUGCUUGUAGUUUAAUAAUCAAAAGUUUCUUAUCAAAUUAGACCAUUGAAUUUCUGUUUAAAGACAAUAAAAAUAAUUUAAUUCUUUAUAUAUUGUUUUUUUUUUUGUGUUUUUUUUACUUAGGGUGUUUUGGUAGUUGUGGUUUUCAAGGAUUUUUUUAAAAUCCAGUCUUCUUUUUAUUUCAUUAGACAUAGAUAAAGAAUAUAUUUAUAAACAGAAUCAUGAUCAAGAUAUUUUUUAUGUUAAAACAACUUUUCAUACUAAAUGUGUUGGGAUUUUUUGUUAAAUAAUUUCUUAUACUCUAUGCUUAAUAUUUCUACUCUGGAAUAUAAAAGGGCUAAUUGUUUUUCGAUUCACUAAGAAUAUUUUUUUUUAUACAUUUGAUAUUUUCAGAUGUUCUUCCUGUUUCUAUUUUUUUUAUUUAAAUUUCUAUGUUCAGUUAGCUUGGACUGGGAUGUUCUCUAAAGCAGAGGAGAUUAUGCUUGUAUUUCCUGUUAAAAGUACACCCAAUUAUCAAUUCCUUCCAAAUUCAAUGAAUAUCAAUGUAAAGUACUAUGCACAGUUAAAAUAACUGGUGUAUAACAAUCUAUAGCACCCUCAGUUUCAAUAAACAUGAAGAUGAAAGCCUU